UCACUGCGGACGCGAGGGCGCGGGCGGAGAUCGGCUGCACGAUUACGAGGGUCGAUCGCGCCAGUCCAGCUGCCAUCAGUCUGUGUCCCGCCGCGUCCACGAUGCGUCUGCUGUCGCUAUUGGUGGCCGCCUGUGCCCUGGUGUCCGGCUCGGCGGCUGCUCGCACCCGGCGCCAGAGCGGACCGUCCGCCUGCCAGGACUUCGCCAAAAGGAACGGCACCUGCGGCAUCAUCCAGGACUGUCCGCCUCUGUACCGGCUCGUCGCGAAUGGGCGCCGACCGACGGGCGAGGAGAUAUCCAACCUGCGCAGGAGUCAAUGCGGGGAGCGGGGCAGGCGUCUACUGGUCUGCUGCGCCACCGAGUCCGGUGACGGACCAUUCACCGGUCCCCCGGAGCAACAUCCAAACAGAGCGGUGCUGGAGAGCGGCAAAGCCUGUGGCCUAAACUUCGCUGGGCGCAUCAUCGGCGGCACGGAGGUGCCUCUCGGCAAGUUUCCGUGGGUGGCGCUGCUUGGGUACACUGAGGCUCCGUCGGAAGAGGUGCGGUACGAGUGCGGAGGCACCCUCAUCGGUAGACAGUAUGUGUUAACUGCGGCCCACUGCGUGUCCGGCCUGCCAUUCGGGUUUCAGUUGAAGACGGUGCGUCUUGGUGAGCAUGACCUUUCCCAGCCCAUUGAUUGCCAAAACUCGGCAACCGGAGAAAGGGUAUGCAACGUCCCGCCGCAAGACUUCACAGUCGUCAAGGCCAUUGUUCACGAGGACUACGACGUACCGGCCCGUUUUAUGAACGACAUCGCGCUGUUGAAGCUAGACCGCCCCGUCAUCGAGGGCAACUUUGUCUCCAAGGUCUGCCUGCCGUUCGGCGACGUCGGACGACAAAACUUCACCGGCGUUAACAUGACUGUGGCCGGCUUCGGCCGCACGGGACCCACUGAGGCUUCUCCGAGCAGUGAGGUGCUGCUGGAGGUGAAGCUGCCCGGGGUGAACCAGGAGGAGUGCGGCGACACCAUCCGCGCGCUGCGCGGCACACUGGGGCCGCAGCAGAUCUGCGCCGGCGGCGAGACGGGCCGCGACUCGUGUCCGGGCGACUCGGGCGGCCCCCUGGUCUGGUCGGCCGUCAGCGGGCCGCCCUACAGUCUGAUCGGCGUCGUCUCAUUCGGAUCCACCCGCUGCGGCUCUGCGACCGUGCCCAGUGUCAACACUCGGGUCUCCGAGUACCUCAACUGGAUCCUGGACCGGGUGGACGGCUGAUCGGACGGGCUCCCGCGACGAGUGCGGUCCGGUACCUGAGCUUGGGGGAAUCCGAUUAGCGGAGGGCUGCAUAGAUAACAUGCAGCUGACGGGUGUUGUGAUUGUUGUUCUAAUACCAGACGCGGAGUCGGUGCGCUAGCUUUACAUUGACUGAAUCCAUCUAGAAGCGUGACCUUUUUGGUAUCUGUGAUGCAGGGAUUAUGUGGUGUAAACGUGCACGUCUAUGUGGAUAUGCCCGACCUUGUUACUGCCUCGUUCGUCCUCCUGUGAGGUCUUCACAAGUCGUGAAUACAGUCGGAUCAGUUCGCGCGUGUCCUGCACGCGCUAUAAAAAAGCUGAGUAUGUUCUUUCGGCAGCAAACAUGGUUGUUCUGGAUGUGAAGACUUUGUUUUGAUCCUGAUAUCGUGCUUUUUUAGCACCUCUGGAGAUAUAUGAUAGCUUGACGUGACACUCACUCGCUUUUUCAUUCUUGAUCUUCCCGUUGAUAAGUUGAAUGCACUGAAAUUUCAAUGCCUUCUGACGGUGCCUUAGCUGACAAACCAGUGGUGUACCCGGGAGGAAAAUUACCAUUUAUCAACACGCGGAUAAUGCCCAUGUCUAAGCUAUCAGGACGAGACACCUUCAAAAGUACAUUUCGUCGGACGAUACGUUCAAAAAGUGUACCCAUCGGCACCGUCCCGCCGGUUUCACAACCCUUUCUGCUCUCGUUUACGAGAUCUACCGCCAAUCUUGCAAGGUCGCCGAGAAAUUUCGCGCUCGUGGGUCAAGGCUCCACUCGCAGGCGAGAGCGGCAGCACAUCUCCGCGCACAGGCGCCAUGUCCAAUCGCCCAGAUCUGUC